AUGAGGGCCUCCCUGCUUGGCCGCUUCGCAUCUACCAGAGCCAUGGUCACAUAUGAGCGGGCAGCAGAAGACACGCUUCAAAGUCUCUUUGACGCCUUUGAUACCAAGAUUGUUGGCCGUGUUCCUUCAUACGAUAGCGUGGAUGCUACACUUUCCAGCGGCGUUUUAACUCUCAAAUGUGGCACCUCCAAUACCAUUGUCAUCAAUAAGCAGCCGCCAAACUUGCAACUUUGGUUCUCCUCUCCAAUUUCGGGGCCUAGAAGAUUCAACUGGAAUCCAUCGGAUCCAAUCCGAGGAUGGAGAUGCCAUAGAGACUCCUCCGUGUGUCUUUUUGCGCUAUUAGAGUCCGACCUUUCCAGAUUAUUUAAAGAACCAAUCAAAUUGUACGGGGCAAGCAGUUGA